GGACUUAACAUAGCGCAUGACUGAUAGAAGUGCAGACUGUGAGGCUUCAGGCUCCGCCGUGAAUAAGCAUCCACACAGCAGCGCCUGUGUGUCUGUGCACAGGCUGCACACCACAUCACUCCGAGGAGGAGCAGGAGGCAGAGCAGCGGCUCUCAGACAUGGCGAAAGAAGGAGCAGAUAUGACCGAGGAGACCGAGUUCAUGAUAGACAAAAAUGUUGGGAGAGAAACUGAAAACGUGGAGUCGUCCGGCGAUGCCAAAGAAAUGCGAGCGGUGAUCCUGGCAGGUUUUGGAGGUCUGAACAAACUAAGAGUAACCAAGAAGGCAAUGCCCGAGCCUCAGGAUGGUGAAGUGAAGAUCCGCGUCAAAGCAUGUGGCUUGAAUUUCCUGGAUCUGAUGGUACGUCAGGGAACUAUUGAUAAUCCUCCGAAACCUCCUCUUGUUCCUGGGUUCGAAUGCUCUGGAAUAGUAGAGUCAGUAGGUGAAAACACAACAGGAUUUGAGAUAGGCGACAGAGUUAUGGCUUUUGUCAAUUACAAUGCCUGGGCAGAAGUUGUUUGCACACCAGUGGAUUUUGUCUACAAGAUGCCAGAGGAAAUGACUUUUGCUGAGGCUGCCGCAUUCUCCCUGAACUUUGUGGCUGCCUAUAUGAUGCUCUUUGAGGUUGCCAAUCUGCGGGAGGGGAUGUCAGUGUUGGUUCACUCAGCAGGAGGUGGUGUAGGUCAGGCUGUGGCUCAGCUGUGCUCCACUGUACCUAAUGUCACUGUGUUUGGGAUCGCCUCAUGUUUCAAACACGCAGCCAUCAGAGACUCGGUGACUCACCUCUUUGACAGGAACGCUGAUUAUAUGCAAGAAGUGAAAAAGAUUUCUCCAGAGGGAGUAGACAUCGUGUUGGACUGCCUGUGUGGGGAAAACACAGGGAAAGGCCUGACUCUGCUGAGGCCUUUGGGAACCUACAUACUCUAUGGCGCAUCAAACAUGGUAACUGGGGAAACAAAGAGUUUCUUCAGCUUUGCAAAAUCUUGGUGGCAGGUGGAGAAGGUUAACCCUAUUAAACUAUACGAGGAGAACAAAGUCAUAGCGGGAUUCUCGCUCCUCAACCUCCUCUUCAAACAUGGGAAAUGUAGUCUUGUGAAGUCAGUGAUGGACAAACUCUUGUGUCUCUAUGAACAAAAGAAGAUCAAACCAGUAGUGGACUCCCUGUGGGCGCUGGAGGAGGUAAAAGAGGCCAUGCAGAGAAUCCAUGACAGAGGCAACAUCGGAAAACUCAUUUUGGAUGUGGAGAAGUCCCCCACCCCUCUGAUGGCCAGCGACAGCACAGAGACCAGUGAAGCCGGAGAGGAAGAAGAGGAGCCAGAGGGAGACAACGACAGCAAGGAGCGAAUGCCUUUCAUCCAUUAAAACCCAGCAAACCCCACCGCAACACGCCUAGAGACUGCAGAGGCCGGACUGACUCACCGCAGAG